ACCUUCGCGGUCGACGUUAACGCUGGCUCCGUUUAUGAAGCACCGAAAGAUAAGGGCGUGAACGAUCUCAAAUGAGCCCUCGUCGAGUAAUUUAUACAUAUUACAAAACUACGUGAACGUUCAGUGACUGUUCACCGAUCGAUCGAAUUCCAUAAUGAGGGAACACGAUCGAGUCGCAUUAUUCCUCGUGCUGAUUGUCCUGAACGAGCAGGUGUACAAUGGACUCACCGAGAGCCAAUUCAACAAUCCCACCUUGUUUAGGAUCGGUGGAGUUUUCUCUAACAACGAGAGCAUAGAAUAUUUCCGUGAAACAUUAAGCAAUCUGAACUUGAACUCCAAAUAUGUGAACAGAGGUGUGACCUAUAAACACACUGUCAUCGAAAUGGACUCGAACCCAAUUAGAACAGCAUUGAGGGUGUGCACGAAUUUGAUAGCGGAACAGGUGUACGCGGUGGUGGUGUCUCAUCCUCUUACUGGAGACUUGUCGCCAGCCGCUGUUUCUUAUACCAGUGGAUUUUAUCAUAUACCUGUUAUAGGCAUAUCUUCCAGAGACUCAGCCUUUUCAGACAAAAACAUCCACGUUUCCUUUCUGAGGACUGUACCACCGUACUCGCACCAGGCAGAUGUAUGGGUUGAACUAUUGAAACACUUCAAUUACAUGAAAGUGAUUUUCAUUCAUAGUUCUGAUACCGAUGGUCGUGCUCUACUUGGACGUUUUCAGACUACUUCUCAGAAUUUGGAGGAUGAUGUAGAGAUCAAGGUUCAGGUAGAAUCUGUUAUUGAAUUCGAACCCGGCUUAGAAAGUUUCAUCCAUCAGCUGGUGGAUAUGAAAGGCGCCCAAGCUAGGGUUUGCCUUUUGUACGCUUCGAAGACUGACGCGAGCGUGAUCUUCCAAGAUGCUGCAGCAUUAAACAUGACCGGUGCAGGAUACGUUUGGAUCGUGACCGAGCAAGCCUUAGAUGCGCCGAACGCACCGGAAGGUCUUCUCGGCUUGAAAUUAAUUAACGCUGAGAAAGAGAAGGCUCACAUCAUGGAUAGCCUGAUAGUACUUGUAUCCGCUUUACGGAAGAUGAACAAGACAAAGGAGAUCACAGAGGCACCUAAGAACUGUGGUGACUCAGGUUCCAUAUGGGAAACCGGGAAAAAUCUAUUCGAUUUCAUCCGGGAAGAAGUGUUGGUGGAUGGUGCUACCGGCAGAGUAGCUUUUGAUGACAAUGGAGACAGGAUUUAUGCUGAAUACGAUAUCAUCAACAUCAAAGAGGACGGUGAACACGUCUCUGUAGGACAGUACUUUUGUCCGUCUAAUGGUACUAAGAUGAAGUUAAGCGUUAACGAGACAAACAUAACUUGGCCCGGUCGAGUACCAAGCAAACCGGAGGGUUUCAUGAUUCCCACGCACUUAAAAGUGCUCACUAUUGAAGAGAAGCCGUUUGUUUACAUCCGGGAAAUAGCAGACGGUGAAUUAUGCCUACCAGAAGAGAUACUGUGUCCUCAUUUCAAUUCCACCGAUUAUCAAAGUACAAAAAUAUACUGUUGUAAAGGAUAUUGCAUGGACCUGUUGAAACAACUGUCGAAGACCAUUAAUUUCACCUACAGUUUGGCUCUGUCGCCCGAUGGACAGUUCGGCAGCUAUGUGAUCAAGAACAGUUCAGUUGGAGGAAAGAAAGAAUGGACAGGCCUGAUCGGAGAGCUGGUGAACGAAAGAGCAGACAUGAUCGUUGCCCCUUUGACGAUCAACCCUGAACGCGCUGAAUUCAUAGAAUUCAGCAAACCCUUCAAGUAUCAGGGCAUCACUAUUCUAGAAAAGAAGCCAUCAAGAUCCUCGACGUUGGUGUCGUUUUUACAACCGUUCAGCAACACCCUGUGGAUACUGGUGAUGGUAUCGGUGCACGUAGUGGCUCUAGUUCUGUACCUCCUCGACCGGUUCUCGCCUUUCGGGAGGUUCAAGCUAGCUAACACUGACGGUACCGAAGAGGAUGCCCUGAACUUGUCCAGCGCCGUCUGGUUCGCUUGGGGAGUUCUGCUCAACAGCGGAAUAGGAGAAGGUACUCCGCGAAGUUUCUCUGCUCGCGUAUUGGGCAUGGUCUGGGCAGGAUUCGCCAUGAUCAUCGUCGCAUCUUAUACUGCCAACCUGGCUGCAUUCUUGGUGUUGGAGAGGCCAAAGACUAAAUUGACUGGCAUCAACGAUGCACGACUUAGAAACACCAUGGAAAACCUUACGUGUGCCACGGUGAAGGGUUCCGCCGUGGACAUGUACUUCCGGCGACAGGUGGAAUUAUCAAACAUGUAUCGUACAAUGGAAGCUAACAAUUAUGACACUGCCGAGGAAGCCAUUAGAGAUAUUAAAAUUGGGAAACUUAUGGCCUUCAUUUGGGACAGUUCCCGGUUAGAAUUCGAGGCUGCGCAAGACUGUGAAUUGGUAACUGCUGGAGAAUUAUUUGGACGUUCUGGUUAUGGUAUUGGUUUACAGAAAGGCUCUUUAUGGGCGGAUGCGGUGACCAUCGCCAUUUUAGAUUUCCAUGAAAGCGGUUUCAUGGAAAGCCUAGACGAUCACUGGAUCUUCCUUGACAACAGACAACAAUGCGAACAACUAGAGAACACUCCGAACACUUUAGGUUUGAAGAACAUGGCUGGAGUGUUCAUAGUUGUGGGAGUCGGGAUCAUCGGUGGUAUCGGGCUAAUCAUUAUAGAGGUGGCGUACAAGAAGCAUCAGAUUCGCAAACAGAAGAAGAUGGAACUGGCAAGACACGCUGCAGAUAAAUGGAGAGGAGCUAUAGAGAAUUCUGUGUUUAUCAGUAAACCGCAAGCAGCCAGGAGAAAAGAGGAGCAGCGCAGGGAAUUCUAACAGACCUCGUAACGAUACAAUAAAAAGAACAUGAUCAACCAAACACACGCAUAGACCAGACAAAAGCACAGACUUCCACGCUUUGCCAGCUUUAGCGAUAACAUUUAAUCGCCGUAAAAUUAGAGUUUGCGCGCUUUGUACAGGUCGAUGCGAAAUACGACAAGAAUUAUGUCCUUCGUAUCUUGCAUCAGAAUUGCAGCAUUUUGUAUUUUAUCAAAUUUGCUUGUUUACAUUUGAAAUAAGCUUUGAAUCAUCAUUGCAUUUUUUUACAUUUACCAUGUUACAGCAAAUGAAUUAGAGCAGUCGUUAGAAAUGCAAAUAAUGCAAUUCAUACAUUGUAAUGUAACAUCUAAAUCUUUGAUAGUGUUAGUCAGAGUAAAACAAUAAUUCUAAUUUGCUCUCAAUAUGAACUGUUCUAAUUUACUUAUUUUUAUAUGCAGAAACGGAAAACAUUGCGAGCAUCAAUAGCCGCCCAACGAAGAAUUCAAAGCAACGGCCUUAAUGAUCCUACAACAGUGAGUCUAGCGGUCGAUA